CAAAGGAUAUGGAUGCCCAUGGAAACCAUCUAGGAGGUCAUAACAUCAAUGACUUUGAGUUACAAGACCUCAUAGAUGAUGCAAACUUUGAUCAAUUCAUUGAUCUUAUCCGCGGCCAGAACGAAGAUCCAGUAGCGAGUUUUGAUUGUGACCUUAUGAUCAAUGGCUGCUUUGAUGAUUAUAACCUGUUUUGUCCUGCAAGUACUACUCCAGGUGUGGUUUUUGGUUUCAAUGAUGCCGUUGCAUCCGACCCAAGUGCUUCUUUUCUUGGCACAUUAUCCGACCCAAGUGCUCCUUUGCUUACCACAUUACCAAAUUUUGAUGGAGAAAUGAAGGGUGGGGAAGAAGAUCAUAAUGGCGAGGAUUCGUCUGGAACAACGACCACGACCACGACCACGAACAAGAGGCAAAAGGUUGAUCGGUCGAGAACCUUGGUCUCGGAGAGAAGGAGGAGGGGGAGGAUGAAAGAAAGGCUCUAUGCACUGCGGUCCUUGGUUCCGAACAUAACUAAGAUGGAUAAGGCCUCCAUUGUUGGAGAUGCUGUGCUGUAUGUACAAGACCUACAAAAGCAGGCAAAGAAGUUGAAAGCUGAGAUUGUAAGCCUUGAAGCAUCCUUAGCAGGAGCAGAUGAUCAUGAGGGAUAUCAAGACGGAUCAACCGAAAAUCCAAGCAAGAAUAAAGUUACAAACAACAGCAAUUUAGUUUCCAAAGGCAUCAUUCAAAUUGAUGUGUCUCAAGUGGAGGAAAAAGGUUUUUAUGUGAAGGUGGCAUGUAACAAGGGAGGAGGAGUAGCCGCGGCACUCUACAAGGCUCUCGAAUCCUUUACAAGCUUCAAUGUUCAGAGUUCUAACUUGAACACAGUUUCGACUGAUAGAUUUGAGUUAACACUUGCUUUAAAUGUAAAGGAAUGUGAGCACGACAUCAUCAACUUGCCAAACUUGAAACUUUGGGUGACUGGGGCUUUUCUGAACCAAGGUUUUGAAUUGGCUUCUGGGUUCUCAGCUCAAUGAGCUCUUUCUCAUGCUGCAUGCAUACAACAAGAACAAUUAUGCUUGUAGUUAAUUCAUUUCAAGUAUCUUCGACCCCCAUCCAAAUAUGAGUAAUAUUAUGCCUUU